GGAGCUGCACAUGCGGCUGCUCGCUGCUCUGUCUCGCCCAGCCUCCGUCGCGCAGGAACGGGUCCCUGCAGCCCCCAGCCGAUGGCAGGACAGUAGCUGCCUGUCAGGGGUCGUGAACGACUGAGGCAGACGCGGCGGCUCCCGGGCCCGAGAGAGUGGGUGUCUCUGGAGGCCAUGGGCUACCCCGAGGUGGAGCAUAGGGAACCCCUGCCCGCGGCAGCGAGGCGGGAACGGGGAAGCCAGGGCUGCGGCUGUCGCGGGGCCCCUGCCCGGUCUGGUGAAGGGAACAGCUGCAGGCUCUUCCUGGGUUUCUUUGGCCUCUCUCUGGCCCUCCACCUGCUGACGUUGUGCUGCUACCUAGAGUUGCGCUCCGAGUUGCGGCGGGAACGAGGAGCCGAGUCCCGCCUGGGCGGCCCCAGCACCCCUGGCACCUCUGGCACCCUAACCGGUCCCGGUGGCCUCGACGCUGACGGUCCCAUCACCCGCCACUUUGGACAGUCGUCCCCUCAGCAGCAGCCAAUGGAGCCGGGAGAAAUCAUACGUCCCCAGGAGUCCCAGGACGGGCACCAGAUGGCCCUUUUGAAUUUCUUCUUCCCUGAAGAAAAGUCAUUCACUGAAGAAGAGAGUAGGCGUGUUCACCGGAAUAAAAGAAGCAAAAGCAGUGAAGGAACAGAUGGACCAGUUAAAAACAAGAAAAAGGGAAAAAAGGCAGGACCUCCUGGGCCCAAUGGCCCCCCAGGACCUCCAGGACCUCCAGGACCCCAAGGACCCCCAGGGAUUCCAGGGAUUCCUGGGAUUCCAGGGACAACUGUAAUGGGACCUCCUGGCCCUCCAGGUCCUCCUGGACCUCAAGGACCCCCUGGUCUCCAAGGACCGUCUGGUGCUGCUGAUAAAACUGGAACUAGAGAAAACCAGCCAGCUGUGGUGCACCUACAGGGCCAGGGGUCAGCGAUUCAAGUCAAGAAUGAUCUUUCAGGUGGAGUUCUCAAUGACUGGUCUCGCAUCACUAUGAACCCCAAGGUGUUUAAGCUGCAUCCCCGAAGUGGGGAGCUGGAGGUACUGGUGGACGGCACCUACUUCAUCUAUAGUCAGGUAGAAGUCUACUACAUCAACUUCACUGACUUUGCCAGCUAUGAGGUGGUGGUUGAUGAGAAGCCCUUCCUGCAGUGUACCCGAAGUAUUGAAACAGGAAAGACCAACUACAACACUUGUUACACCGCAGGCGUCUGCCUCCUCAAAGCCCGGCAGAAGAUUGCUGUGAAGAUGGUGCAUGCCGACAUCUCGAUCAAUAUGAGCAAGCACACCACCUUCUUUGGGGCCAUAAGGCUGGGCGAGGCCCCUGCAUCCUAGAUUCCCCUGUUUUGCCCCAAUCUGUGGCCAUAAUCCAUUCCUUGGGAGCUGGGACUCCUGGAACCUCCAAGUGCUGCUGUGAAGAGAGGUAUUUUGGUAUUGCAGCUACAGAGAGAAAACCUCCCUCCUUCCUUGUGCUAUUUAUUCCCCCAGUGACUCCAGGAUGACAAGGCUUGCUUGACUUUCCAGAAUGGCCUUGA